AGACUAGCUGAAAUACUAAUACUUCUACUAACUAUACGAUUCAGUCAACUAUACAUAUAAUAACUAAUAAUAAUAUAAAAAUGUCUGGAAAAAAAUGCACACAUUGUGGAUCAACUGAUAUUGAUGAAGAUUUAUCGCGAGGCAGUAUUUACUGUAGAAAUUGUGGUACAGUACUUGAAGACCAGCAGCUAACGAGUUCGACAACUUUCGAAGAUAACGCAUUUGGUGGGACCACUGUCGUUGGUCAUUUUGUUUCAAAUGGCAGUACAGGUGGUUCAAACAAUUUUGGUGGUAAUAAUGGCUAUUUGAAUGGACGUGCCUCACAUGAAAAAACAGAGGCAAACGCCAAAAGCGAAAUAAAAUUUUUGUGCAAUCAAUUAGGCACAAAAGAUAACAUUAGUGACAUGGCUGUCAAUUUUUACAGACAAGCACUAAGCAAAAAUAUGACAUGCGGACGUAAUAGUAAUCUUAAUUAUGCUGCAUGCAUUUACAUAGCGUGCAGAGCAGAAAAAGAUGAAAUCUUACUCAUCGACAUAAGUGAACAUUUACAAAUAGAUGUUUAUAAAUUGGGUAAAACAUAUCUUCAUUUUACAAACGAACUUUCUAUUUCGGUUCCUAUAUUUGAUCCAAGUCUGUACAUUGCAAGGUAUGCCCGUGAACUCGAUUUUGGUAAUAAAAUAAAGGAUGUUAUAAGCACUGCUUCAAGACUCGUCCGAAGAAUGAAAAAAGACAACAUUCAUACUGGCAGAAGACCAUCUGGUCUUUGUGGAGCUGCUAUAUUGAUUGCAGCCAGAUUUCACGGUUUCAAUCGGACACCAGCUGAUAUCAUCAAAAUUGUUCAAGUACAUGAAUCAACACUUCGAAAAAGGUUAAUUGAAUUUGGUGAUACACCAUCUAGUACUUUGACAGUUGAUGAAUUUAUUGACAUCGAUUUUGAAGAAGAACAAGAUCCACCAGCUUUUAAAGCUGCCAGAAAAAAAGAUUGUGAACGUCUCAAACAAUUAAACCAGCUUGAUUUUGAUGAUUUGCAACAUAAAAUUGAACAGCAGCUUAAUGAACAUAGUAUGUCUAAAAACCAAAAAAGAAAGAAAAAACAAACUGAAUCAAAUGAAGAAGUUGAUACUAAUCGUUUUAUUGAAGAAAUUACAAUGAAUACUAUCAACAGCUGUGUUAGUAAUAAAUUAAGCAGCCUUAAUGAUCUAUCUGAUAGUAACGAGCCGGUAGGUCUUGGUCCAGAUGUAUCAGCCAUGGGACUUGCUUCAUCUCUAUAUGAUACAUCAGAUAAGAAAAUAAAUAUCGAUCCGUUUGAGAGCACAAAUGGUGAGCUAGACAUUACUGGUCUUGAUGAUGAUGAACUGGAUAGUUAUAUACUUUCUGAAAAAGCUACUGACAUAAAAGCAAGUACAUGGACUGAAAUUAAUGCUGAUUAUUUGGAACAAAUGAAGGAGAAAGAAGCUCAACGACUGGAAGAUAUAAAAAAUGGCAUACCGGAAAAAAAAAAACGUAAAACUGGUAGUAGAAAAAAAAAUCAGAUACCAGCAAGUUCAGCUGGUGAAGCUAUUGAAAAAAUGUUGCAGGAAAAAAAAAUAUCAACGAAAAUCAAUUAUGAAGUUUUAAAAAGUCUGAAUACUGUUGUUAGAAAUAAAGAUUCGCAAGAUAAAUUAGAUGAAGUUGAGGUGACUCCAGAGCUAAUCAGACCAAGUAAUGUUUGUUCGAUAAAAAUAUCAAAUAAACCAGCACCAACAAUAUCGUCAACGACAGGAUCACCUGAAAAAGAUGUAAAAAUUGAAUCAAAAAUCGCGAGAAAAUUAUCACCGAAAAAUCAAAUCAGUUUUAAUAAUGACGGGGGAGGUGAAGAAAUUGAUGAUUACUAUGAGGAUAAUGAUGAAGAAGCUAAACCUGACGACGAUGAUAUUAAUCGCAUUUUUAGAAAUAGUGUUGAUGAAAGCUAUGAUUAUGAUGAAUAUUAUUAGAUAAGUUCAAAUAUUCUUAUAUACCAGGGAAAAAAAAUUAUAUAUUGUAACAUAUAAUUGUAUGGGAUUAUGAUUGUAUAUGUUAAAAUUGAGUGCAUG